AUGGACGAAAUUAUCGAAAGCCGUCGUAUUACACUUGUUGAUGGAGAACCAAUGACUUAUAUUCAUCAUUUCCAUGUGGAAAUCUUUGCAACGGUAAUUGAUGAGGUUGCUGAAGAAUUGAACAAUCGUUUCAAUGAGGCAAACACUAAUUUGCUUAAGGGUGUAUUGAGACUUGAUCCUUCCAACAACUUUGCUCGUUUUGAUCAUCAUGAAAUACUCCAUCUUGCUAGAUUAUACUUUGAAGAUUUCUCUACUGCUGAGCUAGCUGAGCUUCACUACCAACUUGAACUCUACAUUGAUGUUGUAAGAGGUGUUCCAGAUUUCUAUAAUCUUGUUGAUGUUGGAGCUCUUGCAAUAAAGAUGGUGAAGCAUAAAUAUCAUAUUUGUUUUCCUUUGGUGUAUCGACUCAUUGAGCUAGCAUUGGUGUUACCAAUUGCCACAGCUACUGUUGAGAGAUGUUUUUCAACAAUGAAUGUUGUGAAGACCGAUUUGCGCAACUGA